GAAUAAAAGAGAUGAAAUGGUUUCAUAUUGAGGGAAAGAGAGAAGGGGAAAGACACAGAGGAAGCAAUGAAUUUUGCAAAUUCUCAAUUCUUUCUUCCCAUCCUUUUCUUCUUCUUCUUCUUCUUCUUCGUUUCUCCCUUUUCCGCAUUAGCGCAACAAACGGAUUGGGACAGCGAAGAAACUCAACAUAGAAACGGAAUUGGGCGCAGAGUUCUUUUGAGUUUCAAAGAAAAACCCUCAGGAACUAACGUUACCUUUGAAUGUGCUCCUUCGGGCCCCUGUGUCCCCUGCCUCUACUCUGAGAAGGGUGACAGCAAAUAUCGGUGCAGUGAGACUGGGUACCGAAUCCCAUUCAAAUGUGUAGAAAUUAAAGAUUCAACAAAGGAUGGAAAGAAAACAAAGUCUCAAAAAGGUCGGUCUUCUUUAGAAAUUGGUGAUGCUACUGCAGGAGAGUAUACUCAUUCACCAUCAGAUAGAAGAUUAGCUGAAGACUCAUCAUCGUCUUCAGAUAAUAGUUCCCAGGCUUACAUCACUUAUAGAAGCUGUAUAACCCCAGUCAAUGAAGAGAAGUUGUCAGUGCUUAAUUUUGAGGGGGUGGUAAUAUUUAUGUUAAUAAUGAGUGGCUCAAUGAUAUACCUAAGAAAAAGGAAGGCAGCAGCUAUGUCUGGUUAUGUAGCUGGAAGGGGUCAAAACAACUCUCGAUUUUGAAAUUGAAGAUUGAUGAAUGGUGGUGAUUGUAAUUCUAAUGAUUUAAUGUAGUAUACUUUAACUUGGCCUUCUGCUUCUUUCAACUUAAUCAACUCAUUGCAUUUUCAGGCUAAUUUAUCGGAACAGACUAUUUUUAGGAUA